AUGGGCAAGUUCAAGGGCCGCAAUGCUGUGGCCUGCACGGCAUGCCACGCCCAAAAGCUAAAGUGCAGCGGCGAAACUCCCUGCAGCCGCUGCACCCUGCGUAACCGAGAAUGCAUCUACCCAAAGAAAGAAAAGUUCAUCGCCGUACCAGAGAGCUACCUGCGCGAGAUUGAAGGCGAGGCAAGUCUCAACCGUCAAUCCAGCAUCGCCGAGUUCUCCUCCUCUGCCGAUACCCAGUCCAGCUUCUUCACCUCCGACCGACAUGAGACGAGCGACUAUUCACCUGUCAGCGACAACCGAGCUGCGAGGAGUCACCUCAGAGAAGACUGCAGCGCCGAGCGCUUCAUCCAGAAGCUCAAGGACCUAUCCUCGUCGUUGCAUCCUUUUGUUCAGUCCGACAUGUGCCAACCCAUAGGGACUGGAAAUGAGAGCGGUUACACCUAUCUACGUCUGAAAUCCGACUUUCACCAACCCGAGGUUUCAGUCAAACUACCACCCAAGCCCUAUGCUUUACGCCUUCUCGACAUUUUCGAAGACAUCUUUUGCGAUUAUCACUGGUUUCUCCGCAGAGACUUUCGAGAGCGAUUGUCUUUGACCUACUCUCACCCCAUCAGCCAGUCUGGCGACAGGAACUGGUUCUGCCGGGUCUCUGUCGUUCUAGCUCUGGCUCAGACGUUUGUAUACAGCGAAGUCUCCAAUUCGUCCGAAGUGGAGCGGCCAGGGUCUGGUUCAGGAUCUCAGGCAGACAGUUCUCGAACCUUGACGCUUCUACCACCUGGAUCAGAUCUAUUCGAGCAAGCGGUGCUCCUAUUCAAGAUAUCCUCCGAGGAACCAAUUCUGGAGGACAUUGAAGCUUUGAAUCUGAUGGCGUUCUACUGCUACUCCCUAAACCGACGGAAAACCGCCUUUAUCUACGCCAGUCAGAGUAUCACCCUGGCGAAGCUGCUACAUCUCGACAAGGCACAACCAUACCAGUCCAAAGAUGCAGCAAACCAGACCAGCAACCAUCAGCGGGUUACGAGCGAACAUAUGAGAAGACUCUGGUGGACUUCAUACUGCAUGGACAGAAUGGUGGCCACAGAACUUGGCUUAACUCCCACGCAGUGGACGAUUCCACAAACCGUUUCCCUUCCUUCGUCUUCUGGUCUGAUGUCUGAAGACCUAGAUCAGUUCUUUGAUCCUGCAAUCCUGGCUGCUCAGAUCCAACUCUGCGAGAUCAAGCGCAGGGUGUGGGAUACAGUGACCGGGUUGCUGCGAACCCCUGACUAUCACUCCAUCCUCAGUGCCAUACAACCCUGCCUGGACCUCUUGCAGAAUUGGAAAGAGAGUUUGCCUGGCCAUAUGGCUCUUCGGUUUGAUACUUGCCAGACCAUGUUCAACCUGCCAUGUGCCAGAGGCCUUGCGUCUCUGUAUCUACGGUAUCACCAGUGCUUUACUGUCCUUCUACGUCCAUUCUUCCUUCAGGAGCUAUCCGGUAUCAUGCAGGAGCGCUUGGGCAAGCCAACACAGAGCAUGACAACUGCCAGCGACCAGAUACAAGCCAUCAAGAUACAGUGUCUCGAAGCCGCCAGGAACAACUGCAUCAUUCUUCUUGAUCUUUCGACAAACAGCAAGAUUGCCAAGUACGGUUAUUGGGAUUCUAUUCAUACGUUUUCGGCCCUGGCCAUCCUCUCGCUCUCCAACAUCCCAUCGAUCGAUCCUCGGGGACCAAAGUCCGAAGCCGAUGCACGACUAUACACCGACUCUCGAGCUAUACUAGAAGAUAUGGCACGAAGUGGAAACCCCUCUGCCAAGGACCACGAGUCCCUCCUGACAGACGUCGAAGCCAUGGUCAAGGAGGUGUCAUCUCAGGCAGACCAGCCAAUGAUGGAUCCCGAUGCCACCAUCACAGAUCCAUGGGAGCUGCAGCCGAGUUUCGGGGAUGUCGGGUUCUAUGAGCUGAUAUCCGAUCAGCUGUGGUGGGACAUUGACUGGAGCAACCUCUCCAGCACGUACGCUGAAGGUCUGGGUCCAAGUUUUCCUGGCUAA